GCCGAGUCCUUACUUUAUUUUUACGCCUGCGCGCGACAGCAACACGGCACAGUUCUUUAAGCCGAACUCUGUGAAAAGGGUUUUGCCAUCAGGUUAAAGCCGAUGCCGGCCACGCAAUACGUCGAGUGACGUCACGGCAUUGAAACAAACAGACGACAUCGGCGCAAGACCUCAGAGCUUCAAACCAGCUGUGCUUAUCGUCGGCAUUUCUACUGCACUCGUUUGAGGCGGCUUUACUCGAGCAGCGGUACGGGUUCGCUCGUCUCAUACGAGUGAACUGCUUUCCUUUUACGGGAGUCCUCGUCCUUCAAAUUAAGGGAAUACAAAGUCAAGGUAUGCUACGAAACUUACAGUAGACAGGCUGCGUCUGAAGAGGAAGAGCAAUGGCAGGAAUGCUCCUCAUCCCUCUGGUGGUGUUGGUGUGUGUGAACUGCGUCCACUCCGGUGAAAGGACAGAGCGGGUUAACAUUAAUGGAACGGGAGAGGUGCCCGACAGUCUUCAUGACCCCGUGCACGGAGUCCAGAUGGGAGUCAGCAAUGAUAUGUGCGACAACGGAAAGGAUUAUCUCUACGUCGACUACAACGGAUCCAAAAGGGAGUACACCUGCAAUCCUAAAAUCGGGACGAUGAUGAAACUAAAAAGAAUCUCACACAAACCGGAGCCAUCGCGGAAGAUAAUCUACAAAAUUGAUAAAUCCUACAUGCCUCGUCAUUAUUGCAUGUACGAACGGAUUAUCUACGACACCAUACUGCCCACGCACGAAGGACACAGACCUCUGUGGCCAGUGUUCGGAGAAUACCAGUAUGUCCCUCAACAACGGUGGCUCCAUUCUAUUGAGCACGGAGCAACGGUAAUGCUUUAUCACCCGUGCACUCCGAAAGCGGAAGUUCGAAAACUUCGAUCCCUGGUGAAAAAGUGCGUCUGGAAACACAUCAUAUCGCCGUACAGAAAAUUGACGUUGGGCCGCCCCCUGGCACUCGUAGCUUGGGGUAUCAGCUACGAAAUGAGCACCGUGGAUGAACGUGAUGUUGUCAGGUUCAUCAGGAGACACGCCUUAAAAGGUCCCGAGGGCACACUGAAUAGAGACGGUCAAUACGACUACAUGCUCCUGAAAAAGUCCGAAAUUCCAAAAGGAUCAGACAGAGAUGACAAAAACAUUUGUCCGUUUUUUAAAUAAAUGACCAUAAAGUGUA